AUGAAGGAUAAUACUCAUCGUAUGGAUGAAAAAUUAGAUCGUAUCAAUGACAAGAUUGAUCAAACAGCUAUCGAUACGGAACUACAUCAUGAAACACGGAUAAAAUUAAUGCCUACACUCGUAUCGAUAGUUGGUGAUUUUAUUUGGCCGGUGAUGAAUCACAAUGUUGCCGGAUUAAGAGAAAAACAACCGCAACUACAAAAAAUCUUCAAUAAUUUGGAAGUACUACUAUCUCAUCUAAAAUCGGAUUAUACAGCUCGACGAAAACGCAGUACAUCUCCACCACCACGACUCGCUCCAUCUCAACAAUCGUCAAAAGCGUCUAACAAUACUCAGAAUAAUGAAUCCGAUCAGUUUUUACCAAAAUAUCCUGAUGUUUGGAAAUCAGCCAAAAUUGUUACACUGAAUAAAUUAAAAGCAGGAGUACUUCGUUGUGAUCAGACACGGCUAAUUUCACUAUUAGCAACACAUUCAAAGUUAUUUGAAAAAAUUAUGCUAGAUAAAGUAAGACAUUGGGCAGAAACUAAUAAAUUAGUCCCAGUUGAACAAUCGGACUUUCGCUCGUGUUGUCUACUUCCUACUAGAGUUCUAUCAAUAUAUCAAGAGGUAAAAAAUAAUUUGACGGCCAAUAUUCCAACAUUAGCAGUAUUUGUUGACUAUCAGAAGGCACACGAUAAAGUGUGGCAUAAGGGUCUUGCUGUUAAGCUCAAUAGACUCGGUAUACCUUUAGCACUGUUGAAAUUAAUUAUUUCAUGGUUAAAUGAUCGUCGCGCCUAUGUUAAUUUUGAAGAGAAUAAAUCGAAAAUAAUUUACAUGCAUCUUGGUUUGCCUCAAGGCAGUAGUUUGAGUCCAUAUCUAUUUACUGUCUACCAUUGUGAUCUUAUCGCUUGUCUAGGUGCUCAUUCUAGCCACAUAUUUGCUGAUGAUCUCAAUGUACUCAUAUCUCCACCAAUAUAUCGAGAAAUGAAGCCGAUGAUUAAGUUUUUAGAAGAAGAAGGAACAAAAAUAUGUAAUAAAAUAGCGGAUUAUUCCAAGAGAUGA